GUACCUCAAAGAUUUCACCCUAGAACCUUCCAAUAGUCAGCUUUACACGUUUAGCAAAUCGUCGAAGAUGCUCCCACUGAACGAUUCAACCAAUUGCUAUAUGGCUAGAAACCUACAAGAAGAUCAGAGAAAUCAUGACGGCAACCUUGCUAGUUUACAACAAAGGUUCCUGUCUAUGUGCCCAACUAGACCACAACAGCUGUCUGAACCGUGGAAGACAUUCGGAAACGUUAAUUUCCCUCUUGCAGAGGAGCUACUCGCAGGUCAGGACGAUGAGAUUAGAGAGAGAGGACUGGGCGAUAUUGACUUGAAGGCUCUUGCGUUCGCGUGUGCCAACAUUGCAAAUGUCCCGACAGUGCCUACUAUUCAUCUUUUAGGCUAUGGCGGGUAUAAUGUUGCAAUUCUGUUCACGUUUACGAAUGGUCUGGAGAUGGUCGCUCGAGUUCCUUUCCACGACUGCCCAUUAGAGCCGAGAGCCAUUGAAUCUCAGGUUGCAACAAUGACCUUUGUGCGCCUCUAUCUGCAGGUUCCAACCCCUAUUGUCUAUGCAUGGAACGGCACAGCUGAUAAUCCGGUGCGGACACCAUAUAUUAUUAUGGAACGGGUGAUGGGUCAAUCGCUGUACAAUUGUUGGGAGGAUUUAAGGCCGGACGAGAGGCGACUUGUACUGUUUGAGGUUGCAAAGUAUCAUGCUGCUCUUGCAAAGCCUCUUCCAUUUUCGAAAUGCGGGUGCCUAUUCUUCUCCGAUGAUGCUGUUAAUGGAAUUGUGAAAAACUUCUCCUCUGCCUCAGCAUAUAAAGUUGGGCCAUUUGUUCAAGUUCGACCAAGACAUCUCGCCAAUUCUACUCGCACAGCUCCAACCUUUGAUGCUGUAGACGAUAUUCGCACGUAUUGGAUGCAAUGUUUUCAAACGGAAUGCCAGGCAUAUCAUGGCAGAAAGAAACCGGAUGACUUCGAUAACAUCGCUGGCCUUGUCAAUGCAUUUAUACAGUCCUGUUCGAUACGCUCACCAAACUGGCUUUCCAUUUGUCAUGGGGACAUGUCAGUUCGCAACAUAAUGCGGAAAGAUGGUAAAGUCACGGGCUUUCUCGAUUGGGACGGAACAGCUGUCCUCCCUAUUUCGCUCUUCCAAUACCUUCUACAAGAUCUAUGUACAGUUGCACUGUGGCCGGCUCACUUACGUUCUGGAGAUUACUUUCCCUUCUCCCCCCCUGAUGCAAUUGACGAACUAGAAGUGCUCCAAGCACUUCCAGGCGGUUACGCACGACUCAGGGAGAUGGAUGUGUGGCCUGUAAUGCUUAACGUUGCAACCAUUGCACAAGACGAGGAGCUCGCACGUUUGAGGAAAGUGUACCCUUACUAUCUUCGUGCUUGGGACGAAAAACUCGAAUUCUUCCUUUGGAAUACAUGUGACGAUGCAAAAAUUGCACACGAGCUGGCUAGGAGGGGUUUUCACGAAUGGGAACGCCGGAAGAACUGGCUUAGGAGUAAGCUACAGUCGCCUUAUACAAAUACUUCCAAUGGUCAUAUGCAGCAGGCUUUGAUCGACAUUCAAACACUUGAACAGCUUGCUCCUGGUAUAAGUAAGUUCUUUCCUCACAAUCCAAAUACUUGAUUAGGUAUGAUUAGGUUAGUGUAAUGUUACACUUUGGUAGUCAGUUUGAGUUUACUACUACAAACUGUUUGAUGUUUGUACUUUUUGAAUCCUACUAUG